AGAUUUAAGAGAAAGUACUGCAAUACCAUUUUCUUUUGAAUCGUUCGCGUUAUAAAAUUUACCUCUUAAAAUAAUAAUAAACCCAAUUAAGAAUAAUUUACUUGAAUAUAUAAGAGAUAUUGGAAGAACGAGUUUAUGGUGUGUGGUUUGACAAACGCAGUACGACUACGUUUAGAGGGCAGCCAUCUUGCAAUCCCUAAUCAAAGAUCUUCGGCUAGCGGCUAUCGCUGUCUGGUUUUCAGCCAGUUAAUAUCAACACACAAUUCAUCAAAUGGCUUUAAAACGAAUUAAUAAGGAACUUCAGGACCUUGGUAGAGAUCCACCUGCACAAUGCUCUGCUGGUCCUGUAGGAGAUGAUUUAUUCCAUUGGCAAGCAACUAUAAUGGGACCACCUGACAGUCCAUAUCAAGGCGGAGUAUUUUUCCUUACAAUCCACUUCCCCACAGAUUAUCCAUUCAAACCACCUAAAGUUGCUUUUACAACUAGAAUUUAUCAUCCAAAUAUUAACAGUAAUGGAAGUAUUUGUUUGGAUAUUUUAAGAUCGCAAUGGUCCCCGGCACUCACCAUAUCAAAGGUGUUACUAUCAAUAUGCUCCUUGCUCUGCGAUCCAAAUCCAGAUGAUCCUUUGGUACCAGAGAUAGCAAGGUUAUACAAAACUGACAGGGAGAAGUACAAUGAAUUGGCACGUGAAUGGACGCGCAAGUAUGCCAUGUGAUGCGCCAACCUCCGUUGACUUCAACAUCUAAAAGCCACCAACAAGCAGCCCCAGCCUAUUGCCACUUAUGCAUCAGCACCGAUUGAAAUUAGUUAUGGCUCGUCUACUUUUAAACUUAAGCCAAUACUCGGGCUCGAAGAGUGCUCAGACAAACGUGAUCAAUCUGAAAUUCCUUUCGUCCUGAGAGGCCUGCGAAUAUUGAGACGUUGCCACAAUGGCAAUUGAGGCAAUUUUAAAGGUGGUCACAUAACAUUAUAUAUAUAAAUCAGGAAAAAAAAAAGAAAUAUGUCCGCUUUGAUUUUCAUAAAUAAAAAUGGAAGUAAAAUAUAGGAGAGUGAAAGUAGGAUUUGUAUUUGAAUUUAAUAGUUUAAUUUCUAAUUAUUAUGCUUAUAAUACCGUAAUAUUAUAUACCUACUUUCUCAGUGAAACGAAAACCUUGAACUGACAGCACACCAAUUGUUAGUUUUAACGCAAGUGAGCAAUGUUUGCCCGUCCCUUGGAACGAUGCAGUCACUUUUUUGUAAGACUGGGCUAUAUAUAAAUACUACUGAAACUAUACCUGUAUGUUUUGUUCAAUUAUUAAAAUUCCUUACCUAUCUAACAAAUUCUACGAGUAACUCGAAAUUUGUGGUUUGGUUCCUGUGUGUGUGUAAUAGUUUAAUUAUGCAUAUCGUUAAUCGAUAAAUCGGACUAUACAAUUCGAAGCAACUAAAAGUAUGCAAUAGAACAUUUUUGUGACCUAUCUAACCACGACAUAAGUACCUGCCGUUCAUGGGCCUGUACGAUACUAAUAUCAAUCAAAGGCAUUCACUCUCUUAUGACGUGAGUCAUUAUUUAUCGAUAAAUGAUUAGAGCGAAUUACAUUUUGUUUGAAUUCUUACAUAAAACGCGUUACGGCAUAGAUAAGAUCUAUUUCAGUGAGCUCUGGAGCUUAACAAAGGAUUUGUAAAAUCCUUUGGAUUCAUUUUAUAUUAGUGCGUCAUUAUAGUAUCCAGUAAAAUCAAGCGUCGUACCUUGCGAAUUAACAAUUCGUCGCUGGUUUACUCGAAUCAAUGCGUUUACUAUUGUUUUGCGUGUAAAUUUUUUUUUCUUUAAGCGAUAACUUUUUAUUAUUAUUAUUAUUAUUAUUUAGAAUUUGUCUUAAGUUUCCUUUUCAUCCACAAUAUAAGUACGUAUCUUUACUUUGCAAACUCCUGUACCACGCGAGCAAAUUAAUCGUUAAAUAGACUUUAGUCACCGACUACCGCGAUACGUUUUCAAUGCUAUAUUUUUCAUAUAUUGUGGCUGCAAAGGACUGCAGUGAGGUUUAAAACUAUUCUACCUAAAUCUAUCUAAUACAAUCUAUAUAAGAUUGAAAGGCACGUCGUUAACACAAAACGUGUCGUUCAUUAUUAGUUCGUUUAAAAUAAUCUAACGAUAAUGCACCAUGUCGUUGGUGCUAGCAGUGUUUUUGGCUUCUAAAUCUAGGUAACGAAUAAAAUCCGAGACAUCGUAAAGAUGAUUACUUAAUUAAAGAAUAAGCAAAAUGAUUUUGUCUUGCGAGCGAUGAAAAGUGCGUUAAUGAUCGAGUCUUAAAUGUAAUCGGUGCUUAAAAUAUGGGAAGCUCGUGGAGCAAAUACGAAGCCUAGAAAAGACAAAUCGAUUAGUAUUUAAUACGUCGUAUCACUUGUUAAUGUCGAUUUUGUCUAAUACGGAUAUGUACCGCUGUAAUUUAAUUACGAAGUAAACGCUCGGCAAAUUAGUUAUCUAAACAUUUGCCACGAAAAAAUUGAUCAUCGUUCACCUCUAUUAGAAGGAAACUACUCAUGUGUAAUUAAUUAUUACUAUCGCAAUAAUGAACAUUUUUAAUAACGUA